AUGGGGCCUAGCCAUUUCGGGCUUACCCCAAAUGUAAGGGCACUCUCCCACUCCCCGACAGGGACAACCCGCCAGACUACAGAGAUAGGACCUUCCAGGCAUUGGAAUGCCCCCCCCCCGUACGAAGCUCUUUAUGGAAGGAAGUGUAGAUCACCGAUAUACUGGGAUGAAGUUGGUGAAAGGAAAGUAAUUGGUCCAGAAUUGAUCCAGCAAACAAAGGAAGCAGUAGAUGUGAUUCGAAGUAGAUGGAUUGCAGCUCAAGAUAGACAACGAAAGUAUGCUGACCCGCACAGAAAGGAUGUUGAGUAUGAAAUUGGAGAAGCGGUUUUGUUGAAAGUAUCACCUUGGAAAGGGAUAGCAAGAUUCAGAAAGAAAGGGAAAUUGAGUCCUAGAUUUAUAGGCCCUUUUGAGAUUUUGAGCAGAAUUGGAAAAGUGGCAUAUGAACUAGCCUUACCGCCUCAAAUGCAGCACGUUCAUAAUGUUUUCCACGUCUCGUUGCUUAAGAAGUUCAACCCCGACACCAAAUGUAUUAUAGAGAAUGAACCAGUUGAGAUAGAGCCCGAUUUGUCUUAUAUCGAGCAACCGGUUUGCAUUCUAGAUAGGAAAGAUAAGGUGUUCAGGAAUAAGAUAGUUCCUUUAGUUAGAGUUUUGUGGAGGAAUCCCAAGGUUGAAGAAUCAACGUGGGAAUUAGAAAGUGAUAUGUUAGACAAGUAUCCUCAUCUAUUUACUUAG